AUGGAUCAACUAAUUGCUAAAGAUACGGAAAUUAGAAAGCUUGUGGAAGACAUUCAGGAAGAUAUUAUUAAUACUUCUAAAAUUAUACCUUACAGUGAUAGUAUGACUGUUUAUGAUCUUGUGAUUAAAGUUUUUAACAAGAGAAGUUUGAAAAUGUUGGUAAAAAAUGAUAAAAGUAUUCAAGAUUACAUUGACUUCUUUAGAAGCAAUUUCGGGAAACAGUAUAAUCGCUUCUGGCUUUUUCAUGCAAUGUUUGGUAAAAUUCAGGACGCUUAUAAGCGAAGGAAGAUUAUGGAGAAAGUUCAAAAUAUUCCACAGCUCAAGAAAGUUAUUCCGCUGCCUUAUGAAGUUAUUUUGAUGAUUAUUGAGUACUUUGAUAAUGACAAUUUAAAAAACUUUGUCAACUCUUUUUAUGAAUGUCCUUCACAAAUAUAG